AUGGGAACUCUAAUGGAGACGCACUCUAAUGGGUACACACUCUUCAAGAAAUCAGAGAAGAGCAAUAACUCUUACAAGUAUAUCGAAAGGAUAUACUUGUAUAUCAUACUUCGCUUGUUCCACGAGUUACUGCUGCUCGAGUAUACCCCCACCCAGAGUAUACCCCCACCUAAAGUAUACCCCCGCCCAGAGUAUACCCCCACCCAGAGUAUACCCCCGCCCAGAGUAUACCCCCACCCAGAGUAUACCCCCACCCAGAGUAUACCCCCACCUAAAGUAUACCCCCACCCAGAGUAUACCCCCACCCAGAGUAUACCCCCGCCCAGAGUAUACCCCCGCCCAGAGUAUACCCCCGCCCAGAGUAUACCCCCGCCCAGAGUAUACCCCCACCCAGAGUAUACCCCCUCCCAGAGUAUACCCCCACCCAGAGUAUACCCCCACCCAGAGUAUACCCCCGCCCAGAGUAUACACCCACCCAGAGUAUACCCCCGCCCAGAGUAUACCCCCGCCCAGAGUAUACCCCCGCCCAGAGUAUACCCCCACCCAGAGUAUACCCCCACCCAGUGUAUACCCCCACCUAAAGUAUACCCCCACCCAGAGUAUACCCCCACCCAGAGUAUACCCCCACCUAAAGUAUACCCCCACCCAGAGUAUACCCCCACCCAGAGUAUACCCCCACCCAGAGUAUACCCCCACCCAGAGUAUAUCCCCACCCAGAGUAUACCCCCACCCAGAGUAUACCCCCGCCCAGAGUAUACCCCCACCCAGAGUAUACCCCCACCCAGAGUAUACCCCCACCCAGAGUAUACCCCCGCCCAGAGUAUACCUGGGGGUUCAAGUUGGGCAGGGCCGGAUUAUACCUUCAGGUAUGAAAUGGGCUAG